AUACGUUUGAAAUUAUUUACCAUCAUGUCUAGUAGCGGGUCUGCUGAGACCGUGGAAGUCUUACAACUACAAGUCAAAGAGGAGGAGGAAUCAGUAGAACCUUCCAUGUCUGAAUGGUCUUCUCUCGUCAUACAUGUAGAAGCCCCUAAUCAGAAAAAAGUACUAUACGAACAGGGUCUCUACGACCCUGGAAGUGGAGAAAUAUGUGCCGCUUACGUCGCCCAGUCCGACAGCGCAGUCUUCAGACACGUUUACUACAAUUACCCCUGCGUCCUCGACCCUGGGAUAUCGCACGCGUUAUUAGGACCAGCGCCUAGACCCAUCUACCCUGACGACGGCCAAGAACUGUACCUAACUUUAUGCAAGCAGAUGAAUCAGACCCCGGUUGGAAUUUUCCACAGAGCGUUGCUCGGAGAUAAGGCAGACUUGAGCUAUUACUGCGUUAAUCCUUACGGCAUCCAGGCUAUGACCAAGAGUCUGAUCAACAAUAAAACGCUUACCAGCAUUAACUUGACGGACAACUUUUUAAACGAUGACGCUUGCUUCCAUUUAGGUGAGAUGCUGAUGACUAAUAAUGUGAUAACUGAGUUAAAUCUUUCGGGAUGUAGGAUUGGGCCGAGCGGAGCUCUCAGGAUAUGUGCAGGACUGCCAAACAACAAGGUUUUAAAGAUGCUCAAUCUUAGUGGGAAUCAGAUGGGUGAUGCUGGUACUGAGCACUUCGCUGAAGCUAUAUUCUCUCGAUCUGAUGUUCAGGAAGUUAAUCUCUCCAACAAUGGCGUCAGCGGAAAAGGUGUACAAACUCUUGCUGAGGCUAUAGAGUGGAACAACAAUAUAACACACUUAGACCUAUCUCGCAACCUUCUGUUUUCCUUCCCUUCCGGACUCUGCAACCUACUCGUUGAGUUAGGCAACAGCGAAAUACUAAAAUAUAUAAACUUAUCAUGGAACAGUUUAAGUGGCACCAAAAUAUCCGGAGCAAUAAAACAGAUUUUCAAAGCAAAAAACUUGCAACAUUUAGACAUCAGCAAUAACAAGCUAUCGUCCACAGAAGUCGCGACGGACCUGACCGUCUUUAUGGCGAAACCCAAGAAAAUGAUCACUUAUAACGUUGCAUACAACCCCAUUAGCUCGGCGGAUUCCAUACUCUUUAUAAAUAAAUUACAAUCCAAGUUAGUUAAAAUACAGGAACUUGAUAUGGAUGGUAUUACUGUAAAUGAAGGCUUUAUAAAAGUAUUAAACGCUAUGAAGCGAUUACCAAAUAAACAAAACGUGGAAGUAACUUAUGGAUAUGUAGAAGGAUUACACAAGGUAACAAGUCCAGACCCGAGAGAGACGACGUUGAACAGAGUAGAGUAUAUAUGCAAGAAGCCUAAGAAAAACAAAAUCGAUAUAGCGCUAGUGAUUUACCAACUAAUGAAAGAGGGAAGCAAAAUAUUAGAAAUAAAGGAAUUCUCAGAUGCGCUUACAUCCGCAGGAGUUUCUUUAGAUGACGGGCUUAUAGCAGAGUUAGCUUACAUUUUCCCUGGGCCUACCUCUAAAAAGGGGGCGAAGAGGGUUGAUGUUACGAAGAUGGGGGAGUAUAUGAUGAGGAAAUGGCCUGAGAGGAAGCUGCCGCCGACGCCGCCGCCUGAACCGGAGCCUGUUGUAGUUCCAGUGAAGGGGAAGAAGGGAGGGAAGGAAGCUAAGGGAAAGAAGUAG